GUUGACUUCUUUGAACGCAGAGGCGGCAAAAGAUGGUGCAGCAGCGGGCAGUUGAAGGCCGAGGGGGCAGGGCGGUGGGGGGUGCGGCGGAGGUAGGGCAGCCGGCAUUGAGUGACGAUUGACUUUUAGCUCGGUACGCGGAGCGUUUCGCCGCACGAUGGGUGCCAGGUCGGAGCAGCUGUUGAUCGUCGUGUCCGUCCUGGAAGGGCGAUAUUUUCCAAAACGUUAUCGACAUAAAGUAGUCGUAGAAGCCCGAUUUGAUGGAGAGUUGCUUGCCACAGAUCCAGUUGACCAUAAAAGUCAGCCUGACUUUGUAACAGAGCUUGCAUGGGAACUUGACAGAAGAUCGUUAUAUCAGCACAGGUUACAGCGGACGCCAAUCAAGUUAUAUUGUUAUGCAAUUGAUUCUCUGACAUUAGCAAAGGAAUCUGUUGGCUACAUAAUUUUGGAUCUGAGGUCUGUUCAAGAGGGUAAGCAGGCAGUUAAAUGGUAUCCCUUGCUUAGUAGCAAGUACACAAAAAGUAAACCGGAGAUCAAGAUUGGCAUCGUAUUGGAGACUGAUACUAAGCCACAAGUGGAAGCUUUUAAAGCCAGAGAGGCACCACCAAGGGAGGGAAGAGUGAUUGAAACGUUGCCGCCUUCCUUGCUGGAUGUAAACCCCAAAUCUCUAACAGCAAUUCUGAAUGAAGAAGAAAGCUAUUAUCAGAUCGGUCCGGCAGAAUACUGUACUGAUUUCUUUGUGCUUUCUGUGACCAUUGCAUUUGCAACGCAACUAGAACAGUUAAUUCCAAGCACAAUUAAGCUGCCAGAUGAAAGACCUGAAUUUUUCUUUUACUAUACUUUGCUGGGAAAUGAUGUCACCAAUGAUCCUUUCACUGAUCUGAUAAACCCAAAUUUUGCACCUGAACGAGCUUCAGUGAAGAUUCGUAGUCAAAGAGAAAUUCUACGUUUAUUCUUAGCUGCUCAACCAAGCCUGCAGAUACAUUUGUGCUGUGGUGAUAGGUCACUGGGCAGUACGGAGGUAUCAUUAGGAGGAUUAUUAAAAGAAGACCAUGAAAUAGAUAAGCAUCCUGCUGCAGUUGAAGGAGCAUUUACUCUGGUGCCACCUGAGAAAACAAAACAGCAAUUGCCUCCUCUGCCACUUGAAUUAUCUCCAACAGUGGGAGUGUCAGUUGCACUUAGAAAAGAAGGAAUAAUUUCUCAGCCAUCUAGUCCAGUUAAAAUGGAACCUGAACCCAAGUCUCCAGUUAUGCAGAGAAUUGUAUCUCCUCAAACUGCUAAGACUUCCAUUCCUGAGCAAUACAAGUCUUCCUUUGCUGAGCAAGCGACAAAGACAGUUGAAGCCGGAAGCAUGACUCCUGAGCGUAGUGAUUCCCCUCCCAGCAGAGAUCAGGCAACAGAAAAUGAGGUGAAUAGUCUGCAAGAAGAAGAGAACCAAAGGGCACGGAAUGUAAAGCAACUAAUAGAACAGAAUACUGGUUCAACAUUUAAUUCUAAACCGAAGUCACCUCGAGCUGCUAAACCUUCCCAAGCAGGUCCUGCAUUGGAUUCACAAUUUUGUCCUGCUCCUGUUUCAAAUGAAUCUGAUUCUACGUCAGCACCAAAGAUCUCCAUUCCAGCAUCAGCACAUCACUUCUGCUUUGCUCUGGAUAUAAGAAGUAUUGCACGGUUGGAUGUCAGUUUUGCCAUUAACUGUGUAGUAAGAUACACCUACCCAUUUUUUGGUACUGCGGCACCAAUCAUCACAAAUCCUCCAGUUGAAGUAAAGAAAAAUAUGGAAGUGAUCUUUCCUCAGUCAUUUUGUGCAUUUGACUUUGCAGUAUUACCUCAUCAACUGCAAGAUACAUUUUUCAGGUUACCCUUGUUAAUUGAAGUGUGGCACAAGGAUAAAAUGACUAAAGAUCUGCUGUUGGGUGUAGCAAGACUGAAGCUGUCAAAUGUUCUAACGGCAGAUAAAACCCGCUUCUUGGGUCCAUCAGGUGAUCAGUGCUGGCGACAAACCUAUAGUGAAAGGAUUCCGGUUAUAUCAGCACAAGGGCCAAGUAACCAAAUUGCUGAACUUUAUUACUCCAUGACUUUGGAGGAUUAUGGUUUUGUGAAAACUCAGCAUGUCACUAUAAGUGAUUCUUCUCAGAGUGCAAACAUUGGACCACAGCAACCAAGUGAUCUUCCAGCUAAGCCAGUACAUCUUUCAGAACCAGUCCCUCAUCCUGAACCACGAGACUCAAUGGAAUAUAAGGCAGCAUUGGAGUUGGAAAUGUGGAAAGAGCUACAAGAAAAUUUGUUUGAGAACCAGUUGAAACAAAAAGAGCUGGCACAUAUGCAGGCCCUUGCUGAGGAGUGGAAGAAGCGAGACAGAGAAAGGGAAGCUCUUGUGAAGAAAAAGGUGAUUGAAUAUGCUGCGCUAGAGGAACAGCUACAAAAAACAUUAGCUGAUUUGGAGAAGAGAGAGCGCCACUUUGCUAAUGGUGAAAUGGAGCUUCAAAGACUGCGAAAAGAAUUACAAGAUGAUCAUGAUUGGAACUUAAGAGAAAUGCAGGACAACACACGGCGUUCCAUUGCAGAUGCUGCCCAUCAGGUGGAAUUGGAAAGGUCAAAGUUGAAUCAGUUGCAGGAUGAUAAGUUGCGUUUACAGCAACAGCUCCACGAAGCAGAACAGAAGUAUAAAUUGCUUGAGAAGGAGUUUCAUCAGUACAAGGAACAGCAGAGCAGCAAGCCUGAAAUUCGACUUCAAUCGGAGAUCAAUCUAUUGACUCUAGAAAAGGUGGAACUUGAAAGGAAAUUGGAUUCGGCCACAAAAUCCAAACUGCAUUAUAAACAACAGUGGGGGCGAGCCUUGAAAGAAUUGGCACGCUUGAAACAGCGUGAGCAAGAAAAUGCCAUGGCAAGACUCAAAAAGCAACAGCAAGAACUGGAACAUAUGAGGUUACGAUAUCUUGCAGCAGAGGAAAAAGAAGUGGUUAAAACUGACCGACAAGAAUUGGAGGAAAUUAGGAAUGAAUUGAACAGGUUAAAACUGCAAGAAGAUAAAAAACAAGCCUCUGUGCAGCGACCUCCUACUGGUGGGGAAGAGGCUGGAGAUCAUGUUCAACAUCCAGAUGAAGCCUUGGACAAUUAUCUCACACGGCUCAUAGAAGAAAGAGACACUUUGCUAAGGACAGGGGUAUAUACGCACGAGGACCGGAUUAUCCGUGAACUUGAUAGACAAAUACGUGAAACUAUGGUGAAGCGAGGUGGUCACACUUGAGGAUAGUGGUAUUUCAUUGCAAUCUUUGGACAGAGUACUCAUAUUAUCCCUAUUGACUCUGAUGCUGUCAGCUAAUUCUUUUCCUUUCGUAUAAAAUCAGCCUGUCUUAUGAAGACUCAAAUUAAUCUUCUGAUAUCAUUUUGGUUUAUUUUUUGACUCUUAUGAAACUUUGUUUUAGAAAGCAUCACUUCACACUGAACUAGAAAGUGUUUUAUAUGUACAGUGAUUUUCUACAGAAGUGUUUUUAAUCAAUCUGUAAAUAGCUAUAUUUUGGAGAGCAAACUUUAUUCGAUUCAUUUAAAAAGUGCUGGCUGAUGGCUUAGUGGCAUCAGUGCCGGACUUUGGAGCGAAGGCUCCCAAGUUUGAAUCCAGCAGGCUCCCUUGCAUGCUUUCCACCCAUGCUAGGUUGAGUGUCGAGCUAGCAACUCGGCCUCGUAAAAAUAAGAAAGCCUGCUUAAAAGAAACGCCGUCAUGACGGCGUCCCGAUGACUCCACUCAGAGUUAAGGGCUUUCUUCUUUCUUCCUUAAGAAGUAAUAAAUUUUAAGUAUUUUUCUGUAAAUGCAGAUGGAUCUCUAGAUUGAUAAGCCAAAUAAAUACAAAACAAACCUGUCAGUAAGAACAGUGUUCACAUUUAAGACAGUGUUUGAUCCAGAGAAAAGCAUUUAUUUUUGGAGCAGAAUUGGGAGGUAUGGUGAUCGUUUCCACAGCAGGUUUGUUCCAGGUAAACAGCAAUAAAUUCUUAAGUAAUAAUUCAGAUAUACUUAACUUUUGCAACAUUACAGAUAUUUUAAUUCUUCCUUUCACAGAACAAGAUGGAUUAGCUUCAAUUGUUAUACUUUAUGAAGGUAACUCCACUUGGAACACAAGAUGCCUUGUUGACUAUGGUUAACUGUCCUUUAUCACGUGUUGUUUAUCUACCAUCUUUUACCCGGGAAUACGUUUUCUAAAAUGUGACUUCAUUUCUUUAAGAUACCAUUAUAAUUUGAUUUACUAUAGUGGUGCGUAAAGAAAAGUCUUGAUAAUUUAAAUGUACUUAUUUGUGAAAAUACUUCAAAGGUUGUUGUUAAACAAACUAGAAAAUAGCACACUCAUUCUCAAAGCCUAAAAUAAAUCAGCAUUGGUACUUAUCAGUAUAGAUUUUACAUUAUCCACUCAAACACAAGUGUUAAACAUUUGAUUAUAGUUUGGUUUCAUGGCAAAUGAGUUUAUCUUCUAUUAUAAUUGUCACAUGAUAAUUUGUUCUCAAUAUACAAUAAGACUGACACCUUGCUGCAAGUUGGGGAUGAAGUAACAAAGUGGGAGUAGUUAAUAAGCCCAAGUAUAUGAGUUUGCCUAAUCCUUAGAAAUCGUAUUCUAGUUUAGAUUUUAUGUGGCAAAGAAUGAGAGAUACUACUGAAAUUAUAUCCUAAUUUUAUAACAAUUAGAAAUUAUCUGACAUCUGAAAAUCAGGGAAUUGUAUACAAUUGAAAUUUCUCUCAGGACCACUUCCUUUCCUUCCUGUAAAAGUGCACACAUUUUAUAAAAUUGUAACUAACGUUACCAGCAAUAAACAUUGAUACUAUGUAGUAGAAUCAGGAUAUAUCAUGGUACUGUGAAGAACAAAACCUGCUGUUUAAAUCUCAAUUUAAGAUACUUGUGAAGUUCCGUUAUCAAGCAGCAGAGGGGGCUGCAUCUUCAGAAUAAUCCUUGUCUUUGAGCAUGGUGCAUGUGAAAUUCCACACCUUAAUCCUGGUUUUGUUUGCCCUUUCCAUGGAAGUUGAUACUGUUGAUUGUAAAUGUGAACAGACUUAAAACUUGCUAACUUUCAAUGUGAUAUUUUGUGCUUUAAUUGUGUUGAUGUUUGCUUUUGUUUUAUAAACAUGGUUAGUUUCAAUAAAUUAAUUUGUUGCAAGAUAUUUUAUUUUAUUAAACUGUCAGUGUUUCCUUUGGAGAUUCCCAUAGAAUAUUUUAAUCAUUAAACACAACUGUUAGAUGACAUUAUCCAGUGUGAAUUUGAUGAAUUUAGGAUGAAUAAAAUAACAUUAUGGUGUUAUGAAUAUUUGAAUAUUGCAGUAAUAAUUUUCCCUGGUUGUAUCUGGCAAACAUUGAUCUCCAGCAUCCAAAGGUUGAAUUAUGAAGAAAGCGUGAAAGCAGCUGUGAUCCUGCAAUCUUAGAACCAUGUAAAUGUAGACAAGAUGGUAAAUAUUGUGCAGGGUUAAUCUGGAGCCUUCUUUCAAAAGGAUUCAUGAUACCAGAAGAGGGCCAUUUAAAACAGUGGAACAUAGAACAGUUCUUGGGCCCAUGAUGUUGUGUGGACCUUUUAACAUAAAGUGGUGCUAGAAAGUUUGUGAAACCUGUGGAAUUUUCUAUAUACCUGCAGGAAUAUGACCUAAAAUGUGACCAGAUCUUCACGCAAGUCCUAAAAUUAGAUGGAGAACCCAAUGAAAUAAAAAAACC